CAGGCUACAGCCACCCUGAGCCUAAGACCCUUAAUCAAUUGAUACCCCCACAGGAAGCCCCAGCUACAGAUGGUUUAGCUACUACCAACAAUUACCGCAUACGCUCCUUCCACUUUUCUGCGCCCUGACGCCCUUUGCGGAGAAAACAAAAAUCUCCCUCUGUCGAGAUUCCUUUCAUCGCUCACACCUUCAACGGGACCACGUCUCGACAUACCGCAGAACUAUCUAGCCGCAGAAAUGACGGAACCUCCGGCGAAGCGUGCCCGCAGAGUCGAUAGCUCUACCAUGUGGGAUCAGGAUGACCGGAGGACGCGUUCGCCUGGCCCAGGCUCGGAAUACACCAGGCGGGAGCAGUUUGCGAAGGAUGAUAGGCGACGCGACGGGCCUCGUGAUGACCGAAGAUAUCGCUCCAGAUCCAGAGACCAGAGGGACAGGCGACGAGAUAGGAGCUGGUCAAGAGAUCGUCAUGACCGUGACCGGAGGGACAGAGAUCGCGACGGGCGGGGAACGAGGGACAGGGAAAGAAGCACGAGCCGCGAGAGACACAACGACAGACGAGGCUACCCUCCAAAAGGAGACCGGUACCGGUCGCGAUCGCCUAUCCGAAAUGGCAACAGGAACCGAUCCCGAACACCUCCUCGCGGCCCACGGGGCGAUCACAGGAAUGAUCGUCGGGACGCUCGCGCCCAACCGAAUGGCGCUACGGACUCAAAGCCCGCAGGAGAUCAUUCGAAGGAUGACAUGGACGUGGACAGUGAUGGUGCUGGCGGAGAUGAUGAUAUCGAGGCGAUGAUGCGCCGAUCCAUGGGAUUCUCCCGAUUCAGGAGCACGAAGAAUACCAAGGUGCCGGGGAACAAUGUCUAUGGCGUGCGGAAAGAGAAGAAGACGGAGUACAGACAGUACAUGAACCGUCAAGGAGGUUUCAACCGGCCUCUCAGCCCUUCAAGAUAACGCAGAUGAAUCCGCAUCGAGGCCUCCCUUUACCUUUCAAGUCUUCCCCCUUUUAUCUUCUCUUCGAUGUUCAAUUUUCGCCGUUUCCCACAUCUACCAUUUUUCUUCUGCCAGGGCGAUAUCAAUUUCCAUGGGUUUGCAACAUGCAUUGCUGGCGUAAGAUGGUUGGCUUCCAUUUUCAAUGUCUUUAAAAUAUCCAAGCAAA